CUCACGUUCAAAGAACGAAGCCAUGUCCAAGGACCAAGCUCCAGCCGCCGCCGCCGCGCCGCCGAAAGGCAAAAAGCACCGCAAGGACAAGCCUUGGGACACGGACGAUGUCGCCCACUGGAAGGUCGAGUCGUGGAACGACGACGACAACAAGACGGGCAUGCUCGAAGAGAGUUCAUUUGCGACCCUGUUUCCCAAGUACCGUGAAAAGUACCUUCGCGAAGUGUGGCCCAUCGUGACCAAAGCGCUGGACGGUGUCAAGCUUGUGUGCGAACUCAACUUGAUCGAAGGCAGCAUGACCGUCCGCACCACACGCAAGACCACCGACCCGUACGUCGUGCUCAAGGCGCGGGACCUGAUCAAGCUCCUCGCGCGCAGCAUCCCCGUGAACCAGGCCAUCAAAGUCCUCGACGACGAAGUCCAGUGCGAUAUCAUCAAAAUCGGCGGCCUCGUGCGCAACAAGGAGCGCUUCGUCAAGCGUCGGCAGCGCCUCGUCGGACCUGACGGCGCCACACUCAAAGCCAUCGAACUGCUCACAAACUGCUACGUGCUGGUUCAAGGCAACACGGUUUCUGCCAUGGGGCCGUACGCUGGCCUUCGCCAUGUGCGCAAAAUCGUAGAAGACUGCUUCCAUAACGUCCAUCCAAUCUACAAUAUCAAAACGCUUAUGAUCAAGCGCGAGCUGAGCAAGGACCCCAAGCUAUCGGGCGAAAACUGGGAUCGCUUUCUGCCCGUGUUUAAGAAGAAGAAUGUCCAGACCAAGAAGCCCCAUGUUGUGCGUGAGAAGCGCGUGUAUACGCCGUUCCCGCCGGCGCCGACUCCGUCCAAGAUUGACAAGGAGAUUGAAAGCGGCGAGUACUUUAUGAAGGAGCACGAACGCCAGGCGAUCAAGCAGGCCAAGAAGACGCAAGCCAACUUGGAAGUUCGGGAGCAAAAAAAAGCCGAAAAAGCGUCGGCGUUUGUCGCGCCCGCGGAAAAAAAGCGCAAACGCGACGACAAAAACAAAUUGGCCCCCACCGUGGACGACCUGAAAAACAAAUUUCUCGCCCAGGAGGACUCCAAGAAGAAGAAGGCCAAGGCGUCGUCGUUAUCGGAUUUUGUCAGCAAAUAACUCCAAACCCAUUGGAUUGCAUUCAAUUUAGUCAAAUACUUCUAGUGUUUCCCGCCAGGAUAUUGAUAUCCAUCGCUGAGGCAUGAUUCAUUCGCUAGACAAUAGAUAACUGUGAUAGGCAAUA